AUGGAUUUAUCUAAUUUAUCAAAUAACUUACCACAUUCAAAACCAAUAAGAUUUAAAAGAAGAGAAACUGAAAAGGAAGAAGAAGAAGAAAGAUCUACAAAAUCUCAAGAUUCAACUAGUAUUACUUCAGAUAUAAAUCAUGAAUUAACAAGCAACUUCAAAGAUGCUGCUAAAUCAGUAGCUUCAUUAUAUAAUUCCUCAAUAAAUAAUAGUCAGAAUAUAGAGUCAGUUAAAUCCGAUUUUGCAAUUGCUGCUAAAUCAGUAGCUACAUUAUAUAAAUUAAGUCAACAACAACACGACCAGUUAUUUAAUAAAGGUUAUUUACAAUGUUUAACUGAUUUUUGUUCAAUAUUAACUAAUGAUGAAGAUAUUGAAAAUUGGGUAUUAACAAGAAAAGCAGAAUUAUUAAAAGAGCAAAAAUCUACUUAUGAAGAACAACCAAAAACUCCAUCAGAUGAUUUUAAAUUAGGUUCAAAUUAUGAUUUCUAUUUUAAUUCUGAUUUAAAACCACCAAGUAAAUUUAGACCUAGUAUUCCUCCAUUAAGUGUUCAACAUAAUUUAAAACAAAGAAAUAGUAAUUUAAAAAAAUUACAAAAAAUGAAACUGUUUAAUAGUAGUGGUAGCUCACCAUCUGAUGAGACAAGUGAGAGUGAACUGGAUACUAAUAGUAAUGGAAAAAGACAAGGUUCAAGAAAGCACUCACCACUUAAGAAGAAGAAGAAAUUACAAUAG